GAAAAUUCGCCAGACUCAGAAAGAGAAAAACAUCAAUACAUAUUUAUCGUGUCCACGCGUAUUGCGUUUUCUUUUGAUAUAUAUAUAAACCGUUACGAAGAUUGUGUUAGUUAGGUCAACUAUGGGCUCGUCCUUGUCGAAUCUCACCGACAAUGAAACGGACGAUCCCUCCAUGGGACCAAGCCUCGGAGACAUACCCGAAGCCUGCAUCGCCACCGUCUUCAUGCACCUAACUCCCCCCGAGAUUUGCAAUUUAGCCGGUCUUAACCGCUCGUUUCGCGGCGCGGCGUCGUCGGAUUCCGUCUGGGAGAAGAAGCUUCCGGUGAAUUAUCAGGAUCUGCUCGAUUUGUUGCCGCCGGAGAGGUAUCUUGGUUUGUCGAAGAAGGAUGUCUUCGCUGUGCUCUCUCGUCCUAUCCCCUUUGAUGAUGAUAAUAAGGAGCUGUGGAUUGAUAGAGUAACGGGACGGGUUUGUAUGGCGGUUUCUGCGAGAGGGAUGGCUAUUACUGGGAUUGAAGACAGGAGAUAUUGGAGUUGGGUUCCUACUGAUGAAUCUAGGUUCCAUGUGGUAGCCUACUUACAGCAGAUUUGGUGGUUUGAAGUUGAUGGGACAGUGACAUUCCAUCUCCCACCUGGUAUCUACUCUCUAUCAUUCAGAAUCCAUCUAGGCGGGUUCGCAAAAAAGUCAGGGAGACGCGUGUGCAACUACGAACACACUCACGGUUGGGAUUUGAAGCCGGUAAGGUUUUCACUUUCAACCUCUGAUGGUCAAGAAGCAUCAUGUGAAUACUACUUGGACGAUGUAAAGAGAGAAGAAUCACACGGCCACCACAAGCGCGGUUUCUGGAUCGAUUACAAGGUUGGGGAGUUCGUAGUGACUGGAACAGAACCAUUUACCGAGAUCAAAUGGUCCAUGAAACAGAUUGAUUGCACUCACUCAAAAGGCGGUCUAUGUGUUGAUUCAGUCUUCAUUAACCCAAUUGGUGAUUUGCAAGAUUACAGAAAAAAAUCAUUUUGUGAAAUUGAUUGAAAGGUCCAAUGAUAGUACUAUAAAAAGAACAGCGAAAAAAGAACAAAGACAGAAAUGCCAGAGAGUGGUUUGGCUGAAUUGGGAAUGGCCAAGAAGGCAUCAACCAUCAUCUGACCAAGCCGGACCUGAGAAGACGUGGUCAGAUGGAGGCCGUCCGGUUCAAGAGGUAGGCCCUUUGCGUCAACACAAUGCACGUUGUCAAGACCUGUCUCCAGUUGUGCUUUUCUUACCGCGUCAAGGUAUGGUCCUGCGCCUGUAGCAAGAGCCACCUUUUGUUGUUCAUUGUUCAAACCAACAAAGAGACACAGAAAGAUAUUAGAAGAAUGUAUAGUAGUAUCAACUAUAUGUAUAUUCUAAUUUUUGUUUUUUGGAGAAGACCCAAAAGAAAGUCAAAUUGAAAUACUACAGCUGGAUUGGUUCAGUAUUUAUUGCUA